AUGAGCUUCAGGCAGCUCGUCAGAGCAUUCAGCACCUCAUGUAGGAAGUUGUCUGUGACCGGAGACCGAGUUCUCCUCGACUCUCUACUGAAGAACCCCGAACUCGAUCCGCAGGACGCCAGGAACGAGCUGCGAUGGAUGAGGCAAUCGUUAUCGCCUUCCCUAUCGCUGUCAUCACGAGACACCGAGCUGGCAUCAAUGGUCAAGCGCCGAGCUGCAGGGAAUACCGAUUUUGGACCUCUGGAGCUACUCUGCCGAGCGCCAACUCUCAUUCCGCGGCCGGAAACAGCCUUUAUCGUCGAGCACUUGGCUGAACGGCUUCUGGACGCUAAGCGGAAGCGUUACAUCGAACGGCCGCUGCGAGUCCUGGACCUCUGCACCGGUUCUGGGUGUAUUCCACUGUUGCUAUCACACUUGCUGCAAGACACUCUGCACGUCGCCCAUGGUGUCGACAUCAGUCCCGAGGCUAUCGAGCUCUCAGAAGCCAACAAGCAACUUGUGUCGUGCGACAAUGUCUACUUUCACCAGUCGGACAUUCUCUCCCCCGAUUUCGUGGACCAUAUUCGGAACGAUACUGGCCUCGAGCACUUCGACCUCAUCACUUCGAAUCCUCCCUACAUUCCGGCGGACGUCUGGGCUCAGCUGCCGCAAUCGGUUCGAGACUACGAGGACUCUCGUGCUCUCGUAGGUGGAUCUGUACCUGGGGUAGGAGAUGGUGUUCAGUUCUAUGGUUGCAUCGCCAAGCUCGCGGAUCAACUUCUGGAGCCCGCCAGCGGUGAAUUCCCCCAGAUCGCAGUGGAGAUCGGUGAGACGCAAGCGGCAGAAGUUUCGUCGCUCCUGCCUGCCGCUCACCGCCGUUCCUCUCGCCUAACUUUGGUCCACAAAAGUCCAACCCCCAGCUGCAUCGUCUUCCCAUUCCCUCCGCUCGUCGGUUACACCAGAGCUCUCAACGCUCUCACUUUGCUCAAAAUGCCCGGACCUGGCCCGCUGGCACACCAGGUCCUAGUCUACGCUGGGCCUGGCAUCUCCCCCCUCUCGCUCUCCUACACUCUCCUUACACUUUCCCUCGUUCUUCGACCCAACUACACGGUGCAGCAGGUUGCCGCCGAUGUUCUGAAGGGAGAGCCUUGGGAGCCCAACACGGCUAUGCUAGUCAUUCCAGGCGGCCGCGAUCUUCCCUACGUCGACGAGCUUUCCACCCGCUCGAACGUUACUCGCCGCAUCCAGGACUACGUCCGCAACGGAGGAAGGUACCUGGGCAUUUGCGCCGGGGCUUACUUCGGCUCCGCCGAUUGCAAGUUCGACAUCGGUGGCCGCCACGAAGUGGUAGGCAAACGUGAUCUCGGUUUCGACUACGGGUCGGAGCAAGGCGCCCAUGCCAUCAGCCUCAACGUUGAAGGCGGCAAGUCUCUGCUCGAGCUCCUCUACACUAACGGUGGGGGCCACUUCAUCAUGCCGUCGCCCGCCCCCUCCAAUGUCGAAGUCGUGGCGCGCUACGCGGAGCCUCCCGCGGAAUCCGAUGUGGCAGCCGUCCUCAUUUCUGAGGGCAAGGGCAAGGCUCUGCUGAGCUCUGUUCACUUCGAGUAUCCCCUGGAAGACCCGCCCGCUCGCGACGCCAUCCAAAAGCUUGAUGUUGUUCCCCCUCCCGAAUUCAUCGAGGAGUGCGAGAAGGCUCGCUUGCAGUGGGUUCGCCAGCUUUUGUCGUCGAUGGAACUCAACGUCCCGGCUCGCGCCGGUGACGGCGAAGUCAAGGACGGCGAGGAGGACCCCCACCUUCUCCUGAACCCCACCCACCCCGGACCGAUCUUCACGUUCUCGCACCCCAAGCUCCCCGAGCUCGCCACUGGCAUUUUCUCCGCCCCGUCGAUUCAGAAGAAGGUUGAGCCUGCGAAGGAUGGUUUCGAGCAGUUUGUCGACGGCAAUGACACGUUCGUGUAUGGCCCAACCGACGCGGUCGGCGACGUUCCUGCUUUCCUGUCAAAAGCGCGUCGCACGGAGCCCAAGCACGAGCCCAAGAUGGAGGACCUCUCCAUUGGCGACCAGCCUCCCCUCCCCAAGCCGAUGGACUUCAAGGACAUUCCAAAACUUGUCCUCCUGCCGGGCAAGGAGCAGUACACCCCUGAGUGGACGCCCCUGUUCAACUUCGAGACCUACUGGGCUGAGCUCGACCAGGCUCGCAAGGAGGCCGGUCGCCGCACUGGCGUCAUGCGCACGGAUGAGCUCAGCAAGGGACGGACUGGCGAGCGUAGCUCGGUCGGGGACGUGCUUUUCUACGGCGAGGCGGUGACGAGCACGCAGACCAUGUUGGACCGCAACCCGAUCCUUCUGAACGGCAUCAAGACUCCGCACGCAUUCCUCGCCUCGUUCCAGCUGUCUGGUCGCGGCCGCGGUGGCAACGCUUGGCUGACGCCUGUCGGCUGCCUGCCCUUCACUCUCAUGCUCUCGAUGCCGCAGAGCAUGGUCAACAAGCUCAUCUUCGUCCAGUACCUUGCUGCGCUUGCGAUCGCCGAGGCGCUUGACCCUGACGGACGCCUGGGUGUUCGUAUCAAGUGGCCCAACGACGUCUACGCCCACGUCGAGGGUGUUGGCGGUACCGAGGUUGGCGGCGGCAAGAAGGGUCUUGCCAAGAUCGCUGGUAUCCUCGUCAACACGAACUACAUGAACGGCCAGUGGCGCGUGCUCGUCGGCUGCGGUAUCAACGUCCUGAACGCCCUGCCGACGACGAGCAUCUCGCAGAUGCACGACCUUCUGCGUGAGCGCCUCACAAAGUUCGGUCAGAGCGGUGACCUUCCUCCCGCGCCGACAAUGGAGCGCGUAUUCGCGCGCAUCAUGCAGUCGUUCGAGCAGAAGUGGGAGCAGUUCCUCAACGACGGGGGCUUCGACAGCUUCAUGGACGAGUACAAGAGCCGCUGGCUGCACCAGGACCAGGAGGUCACUCUCACGACGGUGACGCCGCACCAGAAGCUGCGUAUCGUUGGCAUCACACCGGACCAGGGUCUGCUGCGCUGUGUGCCCAUCGAGGAUACCAAGCUCACGCCCCUCUACCAGCGCUCUGUCGACGGUUACGCCGACCGCACGGGCAACGGCACGAGCGGCGAGUUCGUCGACCUCCAGCCCGACGGAAACAGCUUCGACCUCAUGAGCAACAUGAUCAAGAAGAAGAACUAG